AUGCUUACCGAGGAGUACUUUUCCAGUUCGUCCAUUCACGGGAUGCAGUAUCUGGCCCCGAGCAAACGAUCCCCGGUAGAGAAAGUACUCUGGAUCGUCAUUUUUAUCGGGUCGAUAUCGGCCUGCACUAUCCUGUCACGGGAAAUCUAUCGCAAGUGGCAGCAGACUCCGGUCAUCAUCGCCAUUAACGAAAGGAUGACACCGAUAUGGGAGAUUCCUUUCCCUGCGAUUACAAUCUGUCCGGAGGUGCACAACUACACGGCUAGUGAGUUUCGAGUAAAUUGCGUCUACUACGCUUACCCGUACAAGGAGUGCGAAGUGACAACGACUUUGGUCGGUGAAAUGCCUUGUGCCACGUUCAAUGUCCUCUCGGCGGGGCAGAUGUUUCAUCCGGAACUGCUCGUCAAUGCCUCGAACUACCAAUACCUUCGUGACAUAACGGAAGUUUCCUCCUGGAACCUGGCACUCGGAUACAACAACAGCAACCACAUUCCAUCCUAUCCGGUUCGUGCCUUCAGAAUAGGAACCUUGCACGGUGUUUCUGUUGUCAUUCAGCAACGUUCGAUUCCGGAAGUCAAUCGCCAUCGACCGAAUACCACAGCGUCGUUUCAAAUCAUCCUGCACCUACCGAACGAGUACCCACAGAGUGCCAACGCGUACUACGAGAUCCCUGCCAACCAGGAUGGAGAGCUACACAUCACACCUCACAUGACGACCACUUCGGACGAGUUGGAAGAUUAUCUCCCGAUUAAACGCCAAUGCUACUACCACGGCGAACGCAGGCUGAAGUAUUUUCAGCACUACACCGCGGCCAACUGUGAACUGGAAUCGAUGGACGAUUAUAUUACCCGAUACUGCGGGUGUGCCAUGUUGGCCGUCCCCGGCCGAGAGAACAUCACCGCGUGCAGCGUUGGAAAGGAAGAUUCCUACUGCUGGAUGGAAGAACAGGAAGAUCUACAGUACAGUAUGUCGUUCGAUCGCAUUCACCUGUACCCCAAACCUGAGGACGACUGCCUGCCAGCGUGUACGGCUAUUUCCUACGACGCGGACGUCACUGUUUUCCCGACCAAACGAUUUCAGCGACUGGAGAAUAGCAUUACCACGACCAAUUUGUGGCUCGGCUUUCGGACGCCGCAGUUUGUGGCGUGGAAGCGGCGGGAGCUGUUCAGCGAAACCGAACUGAUUGCCAGCAUUGGCGGCCUUGUGGGGCUUUUCAUCGGAGCGAGCUUGCUGAGCGCCGUAGAGCUGCUUUACUUUAUCACCAUACGACUGGUGAUGGUUUCAACGACGACAACGACGACAACGACGACGGCGACUUCCAUCAACAGCAGUGAUAAUGGUUGUGAAGAAAAACUACCGGGGGGAAUAGUGGUGAAAUUGACUUGA